CCCACACCCAGAAUUACUUGGUUAAAGCACCAGGGCAAUGGUCCUCAGUGGGGGGCUUGUCCUGGGACUCCACACCUUGAUGAGACUCCUGAGCCCCCACGAAACUGGGGCCAUCAAGGCUGAUCACAUGGGCUCCUAUGGACCAGCCUUCUACCAAACCUACGGUGCCUCGGGUCAGUUUGCCCAUGAAUUUGAUGGGGAACAGCUGUUCUCCGUGGAACUGAAGAAGAGGGAGGCCGUGUGGCGUUUGCCUGAGUUUGGCAACUUCGCCCACUUUGACCCACAGAAUGGGCUGGCCAGCAUCGCAGUGAUCAAAGCCCAUCUGGAUGUCUUGGUGGAACGCUCCAACCGCACCAGAGCCACCAACGUGCCUCCGAGGGUGACUGUACUCCCCAAGUUUCGAGUGGAGCUGGGCCAGCCCAACAUUCUCAUCUGCAUUGUGGACAACAUCUUCCCUCCUGUGAUCAAUAUCACCUGGCUGCGCAACGGUCAAAUAAUCAGCGAGGGGGUGGCCCAGACCAGCUUCUAUUCCCAGCCUGACCAUCUGUUCCGCAAGUUCUGCUACCUGACCUUCGUGCCCUCUGCAGACGACAUGUAUGACUGCAAGGUGGAGCACUGGGGUCUGGAUGAGCCGCUCCUCAGGCACUGGGAGCCCCAGGUGCCUAUCCCAGUGCCAGACACCACCGAGACUCUGAUCUGUGCCCUCGGCCUGGCUCUCGGCCUGGUGGGCUUCCUUGUGGGCACCAUCCUCAUCAUCAGAGGCACAUGCUUGUCCAGAGCCCGCAGGUAAUGAACCUUCUAAGAAAGAAAGAUUGUGGGAGACGCUCUAUGGAUUCAUUGCAAGUCUCUGUCAGCCCUUGCAUACUCAGUGCCUCAGUCUACUAAGUAUAUCCCUACUGCGGGGACUUUGGAUGGGAUCAAACCCUGUGCUAUAGGUCUCCUCUCUUAGACCUGGUACUCAUCGCAGGACUUGUGGGGCAGCAACUAGCUCCCCUUCUCACCCCCAACACACACACACACCCCUUUCUUGCUCUAACCAAAGCUCUGGCUAGCAGCAGUAAAUGGUGUUUGUACUGUAUCCUUCCUACCAGGUCCUGGCCAGUUCUCCCAGGGUGUGAGGGAUGCUAGGAACCUAGAAGAGGGGAUUCCAGGUGAUGGCCAUUGAGCAGGACUAUUUCAUACUGGGGACUGGCAGCCAUCCUCAGGCCAAUUCAGCUAUGUCUUGUUCCAUUUGAGCUAUCCAUUGUGUGUUAGUUGUGAAUGGGCCAUUUCACAAGGACUUCAUGAAAUUUACUUACUGAAUUCAGAUUUGCCCCCAAAGGAGUUUUCAAGAGAGGAAACGUUCAUGGAAAUUCUGCUCUUGUCCAGAUUUACUUUGUAAUGAAGAAGCCAUAUGUAUCCAGCCAUGAUUUACAGUGUCGUCUCCUUUUUCUACAUCCCCUAGAGUCCCAGGCAUGACAAAGAGAGGUCCAAGGCUUGGAUAAGAGGGUUACUUCCUGAGACACCUGGGUGGCUCAGUAGGUCAAGCAUCUGCCUUUGGCU